CGCAGUCAUUAAUUAAUUUUCUUGAUGAUUACUACUACAUUAUUUCAAUUACACGCCAAGGCCAUUGAAGGGUAAGAGAAAUUCACGGAGAAUGUGAUAUUCAUGAAAAAGAAUUUAAGUUGCUCUACCGUUGCAAUCUCUUCCGACACAAAUAUUUACAGCCGGAGAGAUUAACAAGCUGCAUCCUUACGGAACCCCUGCACCACCAUCACUCGAACUGCCAUCCACAAAAUGCUGCUUCAGUCGUGUCAUCGUUACGCAAAAGAAAGGCUGAACGGACAGCUUGCCUAUUGGAAGGUGACGCACCAAAAGCUAGAAGAGCUUGGCUGGAUACACAAAACCAUGGCACACCGGCCCCGGAAUUUUCUUAUUUUACCUCCGCACUACAAAAGCGUUGCGAAAGAAAAACGACGAAACAAAGUCGACUUUUUCAGAGACGAACUAAGCGUCAUCGCGUUCCUCAAGGCGGAUCCACGGUACUGCGACGAGCCGGAGGUGAAACACAUUGUAGAGGAACACGCGAGGUUCGUCUCCCUAUACAAGCGCAUUUACAAUCCAGCGGCAGACCCACCAUCGGCACAGACACCGGAAGAGCCAACUGCCCCAGCAACGCCAGAGACCCCCACAAGAGAGAAAGCCGACAACAAGGCUGCCCGCGUUUCGCAAUCCUCGACGCCGGUAUCGGAGCUUGUCGUCGUCUCCGAAAAGUGCACACCGGAAGAGCCAGCUGCACCAACAACGCCAGAGAAACCCACAAGAGAGAAAGCCGACCACAAGGCUGCCAACGGUUCGCAAUCCUCGAGGCCGGUACCGGAGUUUGCCGUCCUCUCCAACGAGUGUUCCUUUCUUCCCAGGGCGAGACCGGAUUUCAAAAAACUCUACCAGAAGCGGAAGCAGGUCCUGAUGUCGAUCCCCGGAAACCUAGCCUAUUACAAACUCUUGCAGGAGGCCUCGGCCCAACUUUCCCGGUGCGGGUCCUCCCUGCCCUGGUUGCGGGCGAAGUUGGUGGAAGAACUGGUCGACAAGGUCCUGGCCGUCGAUGGGCACUUUCUCGUGCCGGCCGUUGCGAGCGAUCCCAACAACUACGAGAUCGGGGGGUUGGAAUGGUGCGACAUGCAUAGGAGGCUCGCCCUGAUCAUAACAUCAAACGAUCUCGACGAAGUAUAGGCUUCUUCCACCAGCUACUAGGAGCCUGUCUAUUCUGUAUAUACUUUUAAUAUUUAAG